AUGGCUCAAUUUUGCGAAUUUAUAAGUAAUAUAAGUAAUCGUAAAUUUCAAAGUAAAUAGAAAAUAAUAUUUGUAAUUGUUAUCUUUUUAUAAUUCAUAUAUAUAUAUAUAUAUAUAUAUAUAUAUAUAUAUAUUCAUAUAUCAUCUUAUAUAAAAUCCUUAUAUAAAAUCACCUUAUAUAAAAACCUUAUAAAAAAUCACCUUACAUUGCUUCAUAUUAUUUAGUUUAUUAUACAUACAUAAACAAUUUGUCUUCUAAACAAUAUUAUUUUAAAUUAAUUAUUUGCAAAAUUAUACUACAUUCUUUAAUACUAUUUUAUUCAAUUUUUUUUAGUAUGUAAUAUAUUAAAUAUAGAUUUUAAUUUUUUUCAUGUAAUAAUAUACGAAAGUAUAAAUAUUCAUAAGAAAAUAUAAGAGAUAAUAGUUAAAAUUGUCGAUAUAAUUAAAGUAAUUGUACAAAAAUUAAGAAAAGACAAUUCUGCAGAGGACGCUACUGUUUUAAAACUGAAUGUAUUCCUAAGUCUACUGUUCAACAUCAACCUAAAAAGUUGUAAAUACAUAAUUCGUAGUUGUUUGGAACAAAAUUGAUUCUUCAACAUGACAAUUUAUAUAUAAAAUUACCGAGAAAUUUAUAAUAGAAAUGUGAAUUGUAUCAUGAAAAACCAUUGAAUUAUUUUGGUAAAGCAUCAGAUAUUUCACGCAUUUCGACUUUUUAGUAAAAGUGUAAAUAUAUUUUUUCAUUUAAGUUACAAAUUACUAAAUAUAAUUAAACCUAGAGAAGCACUUUCGUAUUCUUUCGUUUCUAAAUAAUUCAAUAAUUAAAAAAAAAUUAUAUAAUAUAUGACAUGAUAUUACAAAUUUAGUUUUAUUUGUAAACAGAUCAGCAUAUACAUUGCAUUGUUUGAUUAGAAAAUAUAGAAUCGCAUUAAAAAAAGUAUUUUGCAAUACGCAUAUAUUAUUUUUUAUAAAUUGAAUUAAUAUAAAAUAUUUGGAAAUUAAACUCUGAAUUCAUGUAAAUAUUUAGAAACUAAAGAUGUACUUUUUUUUGUAUUAAACAUAAUAUAAAAAUUAUGAUGUUAUUUUAAACAAAAAAUAGAAACAUUAUGAAAAUUUAUAAAUAAAAAUUUUAUUUUUUGUUUAACAAAAAAGUAUUUAAUGUAAUUGACAAAAUACUUUAGUACAUAGUAUGAAAUAUAACAUAAUUAAGAAUUAUUGUAAUAUACAUUUAAUAUAUGUAAUAGAUUAUAUAUAUAAAUUUGACAUAGGUUGUUGAAAAUAAAAAAUAUAUUAAUCUUUUGAAGUCAAGUAGGAAGGAUUGUUCUUAUAUGUACCUUGUGAAUGUUCUUUUUAUAGACAAAAUUUGACCUCCUUUUCUUCAAUACCUAUUGCAUUCAAGUGCCAGCUGUUUUUGAGUGCUGAUCAUGCAAUAACAAAACAGAUCAUGCCAAAUAGGAAACAAAAAAUGGAAAACGAUGAAGAACAAAAAUACAAUAUCAAAGAAGCUAGCACAUCUGUACCUGUAGGUUAUCAAUCUGAUUCUCAUCUUGAGACAGAAGAAGAAAAUGUAAAAGGGCCAAAAACAUCAAAUUUUAUGGUAGGCGGUUUAAUAGGAGCAUCACCACCAAAAUUUGUUUCUCUUGAAGAAAUUAUAAAAGCUGCAAAUGGCAUGAAGAAUAUGGCAUUAGCACAUGAAAUUGCAGUGGAUAAAAAUUUUCAGUUGCAAAAACUGGAACCUGAUGAUGGUACAUUUCACAGGAAAGUAAAAGAAAUUAUGCAUAAAGCUUUUUGGAAUUUAUUAGCGGAACAAUUAGACGAAGAUCCUCCAAAUUAUACGCAGGCAUUGGUUUUAUUGAAGGAAAUUAAAGAAACAUUAGAUGAACUAGUAUUACCACAUCAUGCAAAAAUUCGAGAAAAUUUAAAUGAAGUACUUGAUGAAGAUUUAAUUAAACAGCAAGCAGAAAACUGUGUUUUGAACUUCCAUCAUUAUGCACAAUAUGUGAUAUCCAUUAUGAGUAAAGUUUGUGCACCAGUAAGAGAUGAAAAAAUUCGAGAACUUAGUCAAAAAACAGAUGUUAUUGAAAUAUUCAAAGGAAUAAUGGAAGUAUUACAAUUAAUGCGUCUUGAUUUAGCAAAUUUUACUAUUACUAUGAUGAGACCAAAUAUAGUUGCUUCAAGUAUUGAAUAUGAAAAAGCCAAGUUUGCUGAAUUCUUAAAAGUUAACACAAAUGGUCUACAAUUUACAGAAAAAUGGUUGUUAAGGCACUUUGAUUCAAUAAAUGUUUCAAGCAGUUCAUCUGACAUUAAUACUGUGCGUCAGCUAACACAUUGCCUUCUAACUGAAGCAUAUCUUGAUCUUUUAGAAUGGGAUUUUAGUCCAAAUGCAGAAACCUUGAUGCUUGAUCAAAGUAGAUUACUGGAAUUGCGUGAUAAGACUAGCAGAUUAAGCAUCAUAGGAUCUGCAAUAUUGCUAGUAAACAAUGCAGUGGGUGCACCAAUUCUUGGUGUAUCAAGUUUUAAGAAGAAUAUUAAACAACAUCUUAGUGUAUUGUUAGAGUCUGUACAUUCAAAUAAGGAUUUGGAAAGUAUAAUACCAAAUAUUGUAUUGCAAGUAAAAACAGAUUUAAAAAUAACAUUGGAAGAAAUUAAUGCUAUUCCACUAUCUUCAGAGAUAGAAACAUUAUUAGAAGGCCAAAUAUUGGAUCUUAUUAAUCCAGAACAUAAAAUAAGACAUCUUAUAAAUUUAAGAAUUCGACAAUUUUUGCAAAAAAUAAUAUUAUCUCAAACUGCGGCACCUCAACAAGUUCCACCUGGACUUUCAUCAUUACAAGAAGAAUUAACAGCUAUAGUAGCUCAAUUUUUGAUACUUAUUUCUCAUAAUCGAAGUGUAUUUGGAGAAUAUUAUCAAGAAAUAGUUACUAAUGCACUUAUUAAAAAAGAAACUAAAAAUAAUAAAGAUAUGAGUGCAAUUCAUACCAUGGACUUGUAAAACAAUUAAGAUUUUAAAUUAAUUUUUGUAAGCGAAAUAUAUUAUGUGUUCAUAAUAUAGCACAUUAAUUAAAAAAAUAAGUGAUAUAUAUAUUUUAAAGUAAUAAUUCAUUUGUUUUCAUAAGUUAA